AAAGCUCGUUACGUCACCACUUUGUGUUGGGUGGAUAGAAAAUCUGGAUUCGACGAAAAGGAUUGAAAGGAAGAUUCUGGAAGCCGGGUUCGACGAAGAGGCGGCAAGUUAUCGCGGGUAUCACAUUCUUCUUUGUCAGCUGUGGUUGCGGAGGGGACAAUGGUGAAGGAAACAGGGUUUUAUGAUAGGCUUGGGGUGAAGCCCAGUGCGAGCGCAGAAGAGCUGAAGAAGGCCUACAGAAAACUGGCACUGAAGUACCAUCCAGACAAAAAUCCAGCAGAAGGGGAGAAGUUCAAACAGAUCUCUCAAGCUUAUGAGGUGCUGUCAGAUAAACAGAAGAGAGAAGUGUAUGACCGUGGGGGGGAGAAAGCCAUCAAAGAGGGCGGCACGGGAGGAUGUGGGGCUUUUGGCUCCCCAAUGGACAUUUUUGACAUGUUCUUUGGCGGAGGUGGAAGAGUGCACCGGGAGAGAGGGAAGAACAUCGUCAAUCAGCUGACGGUGUCUCUUGAGGACCUUUACAACGGAGCCACCAAGAAGCUGAUCCUGCAGAGGAGCGUCAUCUGUGACCGGUGUGAAGGGCGUGGGGGCCGGAAAGGCGCUCUGGAGACGUGUCCGUCCUGCUGCGGCUCGGGGCUGCAGGUGCGGCUCCACCAGCUCGGGCUGGGCAUCGUGCAGCAGAUCUCCACCAUCUGCUCCAGCUGCCAGGGCCAGGGCCAGCGCAUCAGCCACAAGGACAAGUGCAAGGCCUGCGGGGCCCGGAAGAUCCUGCGGCAGAAGAAGAUCCUGGAGGUGCACGUCGACAAAGGAAUGAAGGACGGCCAGAAGAUUGUCUUUCACGGGGAGGGGGAUCAGGAGCCAGGCUUGGAACCAGGCGACAUCAUUAUUGUGCUCGAUCAGAAGGCGCAUCCCGUCUACACAAGAGAGGGAGAGAAUCUGGUGAUGGCUAUGGAACUUCAGCUGGUAGAGGCGCUGUGUGGCUUUAAGAAGCCGGUUUGUACUUUGGAUAAUAGAACACUUCUUCUAACCUCCCAUCCUGGAGAACUGAUCAGACCAGGUGACAGGAAGUGCGUCCUUAACGAGGGAAUGCCGCUGUACCGACGGCCGUUUGAGAAGGGCCGCCUCGUCGUCCUCUUCUCGGUUGUCUUUCCACCCGAAAACUUCCUGCCGGCCAACAAGCUCAAGGAACUGGAAUGUAAUCUCCGCGGCAAGGAGGAACCAGAUGACGGCAAGAACAUGGAGGAUGACCUUUACAUCUGCGCUAACCUGGAGGACUGUGAACCGCCGAGGACGCGGCAUCGCUUCCGUGACCUUGACGAGGACCUCCAUUAUGGUGGAGGCGUCCAGUGUCAGACAUCAUAGAGGCCUUUUUUUCAGACGGCUAGAUUCCUUUCGUAAAGACAGUAUUACUAAACCCUUAUAUGAUACUGACGAAUUCAAGCAACUUUUGAAGGAGAGUCAGCCUAGCCUGUCGUGCUGGUAUGUAGAGAAUGACGGUAUCAUCGGCUUCUAAAGCCGAUUGAUUUUCAGCACUGAGAUGUUAAUCUUGUUUGCCAAACCAAGGAAACAUCUGGUGUAGCUUUGUUGUAUCCAGCAGGGAAGCUUCGAUUGACUUGGAUGCCGCUUGUCAAACUCAACAAUGGCGGGCUUUUUAUUUUUAAACUGACCAAACUGGCAACUAUUCUAAAACACUUAAGUAGAUUUAAAUCCCUUUUGUUUCUUCAGUCCGAUUAUAGUCGAUUAUGUGAGAGGCAGUCAAGUUGCAAAUGUACUUCAUUUGCUAAAGGGUCAUUCCCGUGAUUUUUUUAUUUUUUUUUGAAGGGGGGGGGGAACAAAGUUGGUUUUCCUCUGUAGAGCUUUUGACAUCACCUUACCUUUAAAUUAUUAAAAUUGUCAUUGCUCAGACUGAAUAUUUAACCACUCCCCAAAAUUCUCAAUACCAGAUGUUUUAAGAUAAUAUAAAACCUGAAACUAAAUCUUUAAACUUUAUUGUACGUAACCCACAAUAAACACUUUGUGUGGUGAUGCAUAUACUUUAUUUUUUUCUUAUCUUUAUAACUCUUGCCCUGAGUUUUAUGACUUAUUACAGAAAUAAAUGGUAAUAUAAUAAAACUGAUUAAGGGCCAUGGAGCCAAAAUCGACUGUUUAGACGAUUAGGUUGUAUAGUUUGCAAAGUAAUUUAAAAAAUUUGAGGAAAUGGAUAUACUGCCGUAGUGAGUUCAUGAGAAUGGCCCUAAAGCGACGAAAUGUCAUUUAAAACCAUUGAAAAGGUGGUGAAGUUGUAAACACUUGUGCCAUGUACUGGGAAAGGUUACCAGCUGUGGUCUUGGUCUUCAGACUGGGCCGAUCAGUGGCCUGUAGUACGAGGAGGGGUUACUGGCUUAUCGGGGUAACUUGUCGGAUUUAAGGUGCCACAGUUUAAAUGGACUUCAUAUUCGUUCACUUUUCCCAGACUACCUUAAAUCCGACAAGUUACCCCGAUAAGCCUGUAACCCCACUUCGCAAUACAGGCCACAGGAAGUGAGCAUUAAAUGAAUGCAAUGUUUUUAACUCCAACUGUGCGAAGCCAUACUUUUAUAUUUAGUGAAGUCUGGCUUGGUCUUUUUUUUGUCGUCACCGGUCUAGAGACUUCUAGUAAGUCUGUGAUAUGAAGCAGACCUUGCAGUUCCAGUACGUUGUGUGUCAAUGACAGAUCUGUGUACUCUUGUACCGUUCACUCAUUUUAAUAUUGGAAUAUUCUGGCUGUGCGAUAUUAGCACAUUAGUAAGCACUGUGGGUCACAUGGUGUGACGUCUGGCCGAGCCGCAGCGGGACCUACUCUUUUCCCUUGCUAUUUCUACAUUAAGCACAAUGAUUCGCUUUGGAUUUGAGGUGUCUUGUAACACCAAAUGCCUUUGGGGAAAAAAAUAAAUAAAUCAGUCCCUCAAGAGUAUAUAACA